AUGUCCGGUGAAAAUAAAAAUUUGAAGCUUGCUAUCGUUGGUACAGGUAUUUUUGCCACAGACAAGCACUUGCCAACUCUUGACAAACUUCCUAACUUAACACCAGCCGCGUGUUACAACAGAACUAAGGCAAAGGCCGAAACAUUCGCUAGUAAGGCCAAAAUUGACCCAUCUCAAAUCUAUGAAUCUUUAGAAGAUAUCAUCAAGACUGAUAGCGUUGAUUUUGUGGAUGCUUUGUUACCAGUUCAAUUCAACUUAGAUGCUGUGAAGUUGGCUAUUAAAUACAACAAACCUAUUUGUCUCGAAAAACCAAUUGCUGCUAACUUGGAUCAAGCUAAGGAAAUAGUACAUUUGGCCAACGGUUCCGAUGUCCCAAUAAGUAUUUUGGAAAACUGGUCGUACUUGAAAGCCAUUGAGAUUUUAAAGAAGGACGUACUCCCAAAGAUUGGUGAAGUCGUGUCAUUUACUUACAAAUCCACUGGUGCAUGGAACGAUAACAACAAAUACUUGGCUACUUCGUGGAGACAAAACCCUGAACACAUUGGUGGUUUCUUGAGUGACGGUGGUGUUCAUCAAUUGGCUUUAUUGACUGACGUGUUAGGUGAAGUUGAAAGUAUUUCAGGUUUGACUAAGCAAAUCAGAGAAGAAAGUGGUACUGACGAUAUCUUAUUUUCCACUUUGAAAAUGAAGACCGGUACCAUCGGUACUUUCACUUACGGGUCUUCUUUUGGUGCCACUGAUAAGUCCACUAGUUUCAUCAUUUAUGGUACUAAUGGUUCUGUUGUCUACGACUUUUCUCCAGACUUGCCUAAGCCAACCAUCACAUACCAAACUGGUGCUUCUUCUCAACAAGCCUCUAAGAAGACUGUCAUUGAAGUUGACGAAAAUGAUACUUUUGUUGAAGAAUUCAAGAAUUUUGCUGAAGCAGUUACUAAGAACGAUAAAUCCAUUGUCCAUGUCACUGCUGCAAAGGCUUAUCACCACUUGGCUAUUGUUGGUGCUGCCUUAGAGAGUUCCGCUAAGAAUGGGGAUUCUGUCAAGGUUGAACAACCAUAG